AUGGCUUCUUCGAACAAGGCAUCCGGUGGCAGUGUGGGCGACGAGGUCAUCACCUGCCCUACUCUUCGCUCCAAGCUCCAAGCCAGGGAGAGCCCCUUCCUGCGGGGCAACUACCAUGGAGGCGGGUUCACCUCCGACAACGACCGGGUCUUGCUCCAGUCUGUCUACUUUGCAGACCGGCACUCGGCUGGCAACAGGAGCCAGGAUCGGCUGGAGGCGCUGAGUGUGCAGAUGAAGAAGGCCUCCUUCAAGAAUGCCGCCAUUGACGAUGCCACCAGCGACCUUCUGCUGUCCGUACCCAAGUAUGCCAUCCGGGCGGGGGCGCGCAAGCGCAUCUACUUUGACCCCAAGGAGACCCGCAUGGCCAUUGUCACCGCCGGCGCCAUCUGCCCCGGCCAGAAUGACAUCAUCCGCGCCAUCGUCACCAAGGCCUUUGACUACGGCGUGCCCGAGGGUCACAUCCUGGGCAUUCGCAAUGGCUUCCGCGGCUUCACCAAUCGCACCCGCCGCCCCAUGGUGCUGACCCACUCGAUGGUCAAGGAUUGCCACCUGGAGGGCGGCACGCUGCUGGGCACCUCCAACGACCCCGCUGACAUCCGGGAGAUCAUAAAGCGCCUGGACCUGUGGAAGAUCGACCAGCUGUUCGUCAUCGGCGGCACGGGCGGCAACGCGGCGGCCUACGCCAUCCAGCGCGAGUGCGAGCGCUGCAACGUGCCCACCGCGGUGGUGGGCGUGCCCAAGUCCAUCGACAACGACAUGCUGCUCUUCGACAAGUGCUUUGGCUUCGACACCGCGGUGGAGGGCGCGCAGGCCGCGCUGAUGGCCGCCAAGGUGGAGGCGGCCUCGGGCUACCGCGGCAUCGGCAUCGUGAAGCUGAUGGGGCGGCGCUCCGGGUUCAUCGCCGUGCAGGCCUCGCUGGCCUCGGGCGUGGUGGACGCGGUGCUCAUCCCUGAGGUCCCCUUCCGCCUGGAGGGGGAGAAGGGGCUGCUGGCGUACGUCGAGAAGAUCAUGGCGCGCGACGGGCACGCCGUCAUCUGCGUGGCGGAGGCCGCUGCCCAGGACCUGAUGCACGGCGAGGGGCCGCGGCGGCUGGAUGCCGCGGGGAACCCCGUGCUGUCGGACGUGGGGCCCUGGCUGAAGGCCAAGUUCAAGGCCCACUUCCAGGACGCGGACAUCAAGUACAUCGACCCCUCCUGCCUCAUCCGCUCCAUCCCCGCCUCCUCCCAGGACAGGAUAUACUGCCGCAUGCUGGGCCACGGCGCCGUGCACGCCGCCUUCGCGGGGUACACGGGCGUGACCGUGGGUCUCAUCAACACCCACUACUGCUACAUCCCCAUCCCCAUGGUCAUCCAGGCGCCACGCACGGUUGACCCGCAUGGCGAGCUCUGGGCGCGCCUGCGCUCAGCCAUCGGCCAGCCAUCGUUUGUGGACGACGAGGAUGAGGAGUUCUGCCCCGAGUAA